CAAAAAUCCUAUUGGGUUCUCUUCGUUCCGCUCUCUCUCUCUCCUCCUCUCUCUCUUCGACUUGAGUUUCACUUCCCUUCUCCUUCGUUGAAUCAGUGGGACACCGUUGCCAGCUCUAGGGUUUUCUAAGUCAGUUCGGUGAUCAAGAUUUCUGGUUUCAAGAAUUUUCCACUUUGGUAUCUGAGGAGCAGACGUUGCGCUUUGGGAUUCUUUUUGUCUCUGUUCAGCCACCACUUGUUAUCUGGCUUGCCGUAUAUUUGCCUGCUCAGCUUAUAAGUCUCUUUUAGCUCUUCAUCCUACCGUGCCACUGAGUCUUUUCAAUCUAGGCAGAUUGAUGCCGUUGUUAAAGAUUUUCAUGUUCUGUUUUGGAGUUCCUUUUCCGACCAUGAACAAAGAAAAUUCAUCUUCCUAGUUCAAACUUCAAUGUAAUCUGAACAUUGGAGAUAGUGGUUAAGACGUAUGGAUCCUUUCAGUGAGAAGGACAAAUCAAGCAUGGAACCAAUACUGGUUGAGUGUGUAAAUGGUAGUCUUCGCCUUUACAUGCAUCGAAACGCUACAUUUUUGUGUGAACGCCUCUGUGCUGAGUUUCCAUCGGAGGCAAAUUUACAACUUCUAGCAAGAUGUUACUUGCAAAACAACCAAGCAUACCGUGCUUACCAUAUUUUGAAAGGAACUCAAAUGCCUCAGUGCCGCUACUUGUUUGCAAUUUCAUGCUUUCAAAUGGAUCUUCUUCGUGAAGCUGAGGCAGCAUUAUGUCCUCCAAAUGAGCCAAAUAAUGAGGUUCCAAAUGGAGCUGCUGGUCAUUACUUACUUGGACUAAUAUAUAGGUACACUGACAGAAGGAGGCUUGCUGUUGAACACUUCAUGCAAGCACUUUCCAUGGAUCCAUUAAUGUGGGCUGCAUAUGAGGAGCUGUGCAUUUUAGGUGCUGCAGAAGAUGCAAAUGAAGUUUUUGGGGAAUCUGCUAUUCCUCGCCUUCAGCAACACUGUUUUAACAUGGAUUCAGGCUGUUGCAAUCUACGGACUGGCACUGAUGAACACAGUUUAACAUGCAAUCAAAUUUCCAGUUCUGAUGAAAUGAGUCCAAAAUUGUUAAAACAAUCACAUGCGAGCCAUGUAAGAGAUACAGCAGGUAACCUGCAUGGUGCAGCGAUAGGAGUAGCACAUGUUGGUCAACAAAUAAAUUUUGGCUCGACAAAUACAUCUCCGUUUAAUACCCCUUCUCCAGUGUCAAGCCAGUUAGCAAGUGUUGCUCCACCUCCAGUUUAUCGAAAUGUUCAUAUACAGCAGAACAUCAGCUCACUUAGUGGUGAAUUUUCUCCAAAAUCUACUGCUAAUGCAGUUGGUCAGGCACCUAGGCGAAAGUUGAUGGAUGAAGGCAAACUUCGGAAGAGCUUUCGAUCAACUUCUGCUCGUGCCACUUACUCUCAGGUUCCUGGAAGGCUGUUCUCAGAUUCAGCGCCUCGAAGAAGUACGAGACUUGCUGGUGAUGCCACUAAUCAUGCAAAUUCAGGUGCUCAUUUUGGAGGAAAUGGAACAAAUCAUUCCUCUAACAAACUUAUUGGAGGAUAUUAUUCUAAGAUGAACUCGUCAUUGCGAUCCGUGACUAUUCGCAAGGGACAGGCAUGGGUUUCAGAAAACUUCGAUAAAGUGAGGCGGUCUGAUACCAUGGAUAACAAUGGCCCAGAUGAUAUUGCAUGCUCUCUCUCAGUUGUAUGUGAUGAUAAGCCUUAUGAUCGGGACAGAGCAAACACUUCAGCAGGAACAGCAAAUCUUUCAAAGUUCAGUGAUGGAGCUCUGGAGCUUCUUGGUCUGCUUCGCAUACUUGGUGAAGGCUAUAGACUUUCUAGAGUAUAUAGAUGCCAGGAAGCAGUGGAGACCUUUCUCAAACUCCCUCCCCAGCAAUAUGCUACUGGAUGGGUUCUUUGCCAGGUUGGAAAAGCAUAUUACGAGAUGGUCAAUUACUUAGAGGCGGAACUUGCCUUCAGUUGGGCUCGCCGUGUAUCACCUUACAUGUUAGAUGAAAUGGAUGUUUACUCUACUGUACUAUUUCAUUUAAAGGAAGACAUGAAAUUGAGCUACUUGGCCCAAGAGUUAAUUUCAGUAGAUCGGUUGUCACCUCAAGCUUGGUGUGCUGUAGGAAAUUGCUAUAGCUUGCAGAAGGAUCAUGAAACUGCACUAAAAAGCUUUCAGCGAGCUGUUCAUCUGGACCUACGGUUUGCUUAUGGACAGACACUGUGCGGCCAUGAGUAUGUGUCGAUGGAGGAUUUUGAGAAUGGUGUGAAGUGUUACCAGGGGGCGCUUAGAAUAGAUUCAAGGCAUUAUAAUGCAUGGUAUGGCCUUGGCAUGAUAUACCUUCGCCAAGAAAAGUUCGAGUUUGCUGAGCAUCACUUUCGGAGUGCUUUCCAGAUAAAUCCACGCUCAUCUGUUCUCAUGUGCUAUCUUGGGAUGGCUUUGCAUGCUUUAAAGAGAAAUGAUGAAGCACUUGAUAUACUUCAGAAGGCCAUCUCAGCAGAUGAGAAGAACCCACUCCCUAUGUUCGAGAGAGCCAAUAUCCUUGCGAGUGUUGAAAGGUUUGAUGAAGCGUUACAACACCUAGAGCAGCUAAAAGAAUUUGCACCUCGUGAGAGCAGUGUCCAUGCAUUGAUGGGGAAAAUUUACAAGCGACUCAACAGACAUGACAAGGCAAUGUUUCAUUUCGGAGUUGCACUUGAUCUAAGACCACCUGAGGCUGAUGUAGCUGCUAUUAAGUCAGCAAUGGAGAAAUUGCAUGUGCCAGAUGAAGUCGGGGUGUUGUGAUAAAUACAAGCUGGAGGCUUAUGAUCAAAAGGCAAUCAGAUUAUCCCCGCUUUCUCAGGUUUUGAUCCUGAUCCUCUCCGUGCUUUUGGGUGAUCAUAAUCUGCACCUCUGAGCAAGACCUGCUGCCGGCAGAUCGAAGCAAACCUUGUAGUGGCGACAACUUCUUGAUCCAACGUACAUUACUUGCGGGAAGUCUCAUUUUUGUAUUAUAAACGUGGGUGGGGGUGACGGGCAAAAAAUUAGAUUAGAAAAAUAAAUUGGAGGGAUUUUUAUAUAUUUCUUUAAUUUUUUGUCCUGGCGACUGCUUGGAUGUCUGAGCAUUCUUAGCUAGUGCCACAAAUGGCUUGUAUAAUUAUCAUAGUCCCGGAAAGCAUGCAUCCCAGCAUGUUGUAAUUGAAUUUUCAUGCUCACCUUGUCCACGGAUGCUGUCUUAAAUUUGAUUAGUCAUUCUCACUGCGUAAAAGUCAGAUUUUUCCAGCAGGUGAAUGAUGAUCUCUUCCAUUCGUGUUAAUGUGUCCAUGGAAUGCUUGAGAAAAUAAUAUUCUGUAGAUCUUUUGCUGUUC